AUGGAUUCCCAUUCAUACGUUUCUUCUUCUUCUUCUCCUCCUCCUCCUUCUUCUUCUUCUUCUCCUCCUCCUCCACCUCCUACUUCUUCUUCUUCUUCUUCUUCUUCUUCUCCACCUCCCCUCUCCCCCUCCCCCUCCUCCUCCUUCUUCUUCUUCUUCUUCUUUACUUCCUCCUCCUCCUCCUUCUUCUUCUCCUCCUCCUCCUUCUUCUUCUUCUGGAUAUAUUUGCUCUUCCUAUCCUUUUUAAUCAAUUAUUAUUAUUAUUAUUAUUAUUAUUAUUAUUUCUUCUCCUUCUUCUCCUUCUUCUUCUCCUUCUUCUUCUUCUUCUUCUUCUCACAUGAUCACUCUUUUCUUUCGUUGAGCUUACAUAUAAAUUCUUUCCUCUUUACUGCCUCCCCUUUACUUCUCAUCCUACUUCUCUUUUUUCCUUUCUUUCUCUCUCCUUCUCACUCCCUUUUAACUUCUCGCUCGGUCUUCGCACCGUUUUGCUUUCUUUCUUUCUUUUUUAUUUUUUUGCACAUCCUCGUCUUCUUUCUUCGAGUCAGCUUUUCCUUUUCUUCUCCGGGAUUUCAUCUUUUCUCUUUCGAGUCUUUCGACGAAUCGCACUCAUACCAUUACUGGCAGCACCGCUACACUUUUGUACGAAAACGAAACGAUCAAAAUGUCUCCUUGGCGAGCUAG